AUGACACUCAAACUCUCACUACACUUUCAUCACAUUCCUCCCCUCAACUUGUCAUCACCACCUCUCCGUUUCCACGCACCUAACUAUUCCCUUAUUAGUAGCAACACUUCAAACUUGUUCCUUGUGGCUUCUUCCAACCGGCAUCUCAUUAGGAUUUUAACCGCUCGCGUGAUUGGAAGUCUAGAACAAAAUUGCGAAUCCGAGGAUGAAGACGAACUACCUGAGAAGAGUGUGUGGAAUCAAAUGAAGGAAAUUGUUAAGUUUACUGGACCAGCUAUAGGGUUAUGGCUAUGUGAUCCACUCAUGAGCCUGAUUGAUACUGCUGUUGUUGGUCAGGGAAGCUCAACUGAACUUGCGGCUUUGGCUCCUGCUACAGUUGUUUGUGAUUACAUGAGUUUAACGUUCAUGUUUCUGUCCGUUGUUACAUCCAAUAUAAUUGCUACUUCCCUUGCUAAACAGGAUAGAGAGGAUGUGCAACAUUACUUGUCUAUCCUGCUUUUUAUUGGCUUUGCGUGUGGCUUGAUGAUGCUAUUGUCUACAAAGUUAUUCGGUGCAGCGGCACUCUCAGCUUUUACUGGGCCAAACAAUGCACAUGUAGUACCUGCCGCUAAUACUUAUGUGCAGAUUCGAGCCUUGUCGUGGCCUGCUUUACUCGUUGGAUGGGUUGCUCAAAGUGCAAGUCUUGGUAUGAAAGAUUCAUGGGGACCCUUGAAGGCUUUGGCUGUUGCAAGUCUUAUAAGUGGAAUUGGCGAUAUAGUUUUGUGCACCUAUUUAGGCUAUGGAAUUGCAGGGGCUGCAUGGGCUACAAUGGCAUCACAAGUUGUUGCUUCAUAUAUGAUGAUUCUAGAACUAAACAAAAGGGGAUACAACGUGUUUGCCUUCUCUAUUCCUUCAACGAAGGAAUUUCUGAAAAUACUUAGUCUUGCUGCUCCUAUAUACUUGACAUCAAUAUCAAAGGUGGCUUUCUUUUCGCUACUUAUAUAUGUUGCUACAUCAACCGGAACACAAACAAUGGCCGCUCAUCAGGUCAUGAUUCAAAUCUACAUGGCGUGUACGGUAUGGGGAGAACCUCUCUGCCAAACUGCGCAAUCAUUUAUGCCUGAGUUAUUGUAUGGAGUAAAUAAGAGCUUGACAAAGGCCCGAUUGCUAGUAAGAUCUCUUGUAAUUAUUGGAGCUAUACUUGGAUUGUUGUUAGGGAUUGUCGGAACAUCUCUUCUUUGGUUAUUCCCGAACAUAUUUACGUCUGAUCAGAUGGUCAUCCAGAACAUGCAUAGGACACUGAUUCCAUUCUUUAUUGCACUCACUGUGACACCCUCUACUCGCAGCUUGGAGGGAACAUUGCUGGCAGGAGAGGAUCUAAGAUUUUUUAGCUUGUCAACGUGUGGAUGCUUUUGUCUGGCUGCUCUAGUAUUAUUGAUCUCCAGUAGAUAUGGUUUGGUGGGAUGCUGGUUUACCCUUGCUGGAUUUCAAUGGGCUCGGUUUACAGUAGCCCUUCUGCGGCUUAUCUCUCCAAAUGGCAUGUUAUACUCGGAAGAGGCUAUAAGCCAAAAAUUGAGAGCUGCUUAG